AUGGCCUCGAACUGUUGGGGACAUAGGAGCUGCAGGCCUGCAGGGGAUGCCCGGGAGAGGGGUAUCCCUGGUUCUCCUGGUCCUAAAGGAGAUGUGGGUUCAGUUGGUGAGAAAGGAACCGAGGGUACUGCUGGAAAUGACGGGCCCGGGGGACUUCCUGGUCCAGUUGGACCAACAGGAGGCAUUGGGCUCAAUGGUGAUAAGGGAGAGUCCGGCCCUAAAGGGCCUCCUGGACGUCGAGGAGCGAGAGCAGUGGCCGGAGCUUCUGGGGAGCCUGGUCCAACCGGUGCAGUAGGAUUCCCUGGGUCUCCUGGUCCCGAUGGGCAACCCGGGGUCAAAGGUGAACCAGGAGAGAGGGGUCAGAAGGGUGAGGCUGGAGCACAGGGACUCCAGGGAACAGCUGGUAAACUUGGUUCCCAGGGUCCUGAUGGUGUGACUGGACUAAAGGGGGCCAGAGGAACACAAGGGGCCACGGAUGGGUCUGGUUUCCCAGGAUUCCCUGGGGGAGUUGGUCCAGCAGGCUCCGUUGGUGAGGUAGGGGUGCCUAGAGAAAUUGGUACCCCAGGGAAGGCAGGUACUCCGGGACUUAGAGGCGAGAAUGGAGGCCCUGGGCGUGUAGGAGAGAGGGGGGCCCCGGGCCCAGCAGGUGCCCCAGGAGACAAGGGAGAGCCUGGAGAGGAUGGACCAGGGGGCCCUGAUGGGCCGGCGGGACCACCAGGUAUCUCAGGACAGCGAGGUGUUGUGGGCAUACCUGGAGUCAGAGGAGAGAGCGGGAUGUUUGGGCCCCCCGGUACUGCUGGUGCACCCGGAAAAUCAGGUGCCCCCGGAACUCGGGGAGGCAAGGGUGCUGUCGGUGCAGUCGGGUUACCAGGGACAACCGGACCAAGAGGGGACCUUGGUCUUACGGGGAAUGCUGGGUCUGAUGGGGUACCUGGCAAGGAUGGACUUAUAGGAGCCAGGGGAGAUAGAGGGAAUCCUGGUGCUGAGGGUCUUGCUGGAACUCCUGGGCUUCAUGGCUCUGUUGGUCCAGUCGGCACCUCUGGAGUCCCUGGGAAGAGAGGAGACAAUGUGAGUAAUCUGGACUUUGCCACACCAACGUUCAGAGCCUUCUAG